AUGCAACAGCAACUGUAUCUUAAGCAAAAUAAAACAGAAACAGCAAACAAAACUGCAAAUGCGAUUGCACCUGCAAUUAAACAUACACUUACACUUGCACAUGCCACAAUAACUGCCAACACGACUGCACAUAAAACUGCUACUACAACAUUACAUGCACCAGCAUCCGAUCCUUUAUCGGCAACUUCAAAUGCAAAACACAUGCAACUGCAAUUAAAACUGCAUUUUACCCGGCACCUGAACCAAAAGGCAACUACAACUGCAAUUGCCAUUGCACAUGCUACUAUAAUUACAACAGCUCAAGCAUUAGCAACUUUAAAUGCAAUAAUAACUGUUAUUGUAAAUGCAACUGCAACUGCAGACGAAACUGGAACACAUGCACAUGCAACUGCAAGUUUCCCUGCAACUUCUUUUGCAAAUUCAACUGCAACAGCACAUGCAACUGCAUCUGCAUAUAAAACUUUAACAAAAACUGCAAAUGCAACUGCACAUGCCCUUCUAACGGCAAAUGCAAUGGCAAAUGCACCUAAACCGACACAUGCAACUGCUGCUGCAAUUGCAACACAUGUACCAGAACCUGCAGCUGCCAAGAAAUCUCCAACUGCUACUGCGCCAGCAAAUGCAAAAGCUACUGAUACUGCAAAUGAAUCUGCUACUGCAACAACACAUAAACUUAAAACUGCCCAUGCAAUCGCUACUGAAAAUGCUAGAGCACACGUUUCUGCUAUGUCAACUGCUUCUGCAACUGCCCAUGAACUUACACCUGCACAUGCCUAUAGCACUGCAACUGCACAUGAACUUACACCUGCACAUGCCUAUAGCACUGCAACUGCAACAGCACAUGCAACUGCAGCUGCUGUACUUGCAACUAAACCAAUUAAAACUUCAAAUGCUAAUGUAAAUGUAACUACAACUGCCACUACACAAGCACCUGGAACUUUAAAUGCUACAGUAAAUGCAACUGCUACUGCCAAUGCACCAGCAGUUGCACAUGCUUUGGCCACUGCAUAUGAAACUGCUACUGAUACUAAAAAUGCAACCUUAAAAAGCAAAAAAAAUGUAUCUGCAAUUGCAAUUGCACCUAAACUUGCACAAGAAUCCGUUACUGCAACUUCUUUAGCACAUGCAACUGCUACUGCUACUGUACAUAAAACCGUACAUGCAACUAUAACUGCAUCUGUAACUUUAACUGCAAUUGCUACUACAACUGCCACAGCAGCAGCACAUGCACAUACAAUGAACAAUGCAACAGCAAUUGCAACUGCGCAUACACCAGCAAUUAGCUAUGCCAUAGCAACUGCAGCUCUAACGGCGCAUGCUACUGCAAAGGCAGCUAAAACUGCUACUGCACAAUCACCUGCAACUGUACAUGAAGCAGUAACUGCAGCUGCAACGGCAAAUGCAACGAAAAUAGCCCCUGCGACUACAACAGCUACUGCUUAA